CUUUAGCAACAUACUUUCGCUUAAUCGGCUUCGGAGGAUAAUCAACCAAUCGUCAAAGCGUGGUACAAGGCCUACCAGUCACUGACAACAUUAGCUUUCUUGGGGUCGAUUUGGCUUUGGCAGAGGAUUUCAGACAACAAACUUCCUUCUUCAUCACUUAGUUUCCUAGUCAGGAACCAUAAGAGGUCGUCCAAGGCAAUUAUCUGGAGCCUCAAACUCAAGUCAUCGACAACGUUGCAACAACGUUUCUUCAGGCAGUGUCUCCCCUUACUACAAUGAACCGGUCAGCAGGAGGAGGAAUGCCCGGAGUGGGUUCCGCGACCAGUCAAUCUGGUGCUGGGGCUCCUCUGGAACCUACCUGGCAAGGUUAUUGUGGAAGCACCAUGGAUGCCCUUUAUCUCAUCGAAUGGUGUCUUAGAGGUAACGGCAAACAUGUUCCACGUCGACCUCAUGAUCGUGAGAGGGCCGAUCUGAUCGCAAGCGGCAAUAUUUUCAUCUACGAGGAGCAUGCUAGCGGCAUCAAGCGUUGGACUGAUGGUGUUCCAUGGAGUCCAAGCCGUAUUCUAGGCAACUUUCUUAUUUACCGAGAGCUCGACAAGCCAUUCGAGCCUGGACAGAAGAAGAAGGCCAAGCCAAAGAAGGAGAAUGGCGUCACCAAGGCCACCAGUAACCAACGAUCGAAUUCCAUUGGCCAUGCCGGGGUGAUGGCCAUGGGAUCAGCAACGACUUCGUCGGCGCCUGGCUCAUUCAGCAGCCAAAAUGGUUCCAGUCAGGGCGAUGCCGAGACACGGGCUCUUGUUGGAUCACUAGUUGACAGUUAUCAAUUCAAACAAGACGGGCUCAUUAAGAAAACCAUCAGUCUCUCUUACAACAACAUCACCCAUCAUAUCGUCUCAUAUUACACCAUCGAAGAUGUCAAAUCCAACAUUCUGCACAGACCCAGCGAGACCUUCCUGAGAAGCUACCCUCCUCGCCCAGAGCUCAUACAAUCUAGCAACUUUCGCGCACCAGUCGACGACAACGAUAUCUUCGUCAUGCCCGAUGAUCCCCGAUACGGUGGCUAUGGUGACCCGCGAGCUUACGAUGAUAGGUACAUGAUGCAAGGCAUGUAUCAUGCCGGUGUGCCUCGAUCAAUGUCGGUACCUACUGUCCCCAGCGUUCCAGGCCUACAUAUAGGAGGCUAUGCGGCGCAGUAUGUCCCACAACAGAACUACCCUGUUCAGCAUUCGCCAACUACGACAAUGCCGCCAGCACAUGCACUGUCAACUGCAUACUCGUCUUCGCCAAGCUCGACCUACCCCUACACGCAUGGCUCAAUGCAGCAGCAGCAGCAGCAGCAGCAGCAGAGAUAUCCCUCACAAGAUCAAAAUUACGCAAUGGCUCAUAAUCCUCCCCCUAACACUCUCCGACGAGCGAAUUCAGUGUAUGAACUCAAUAACGGCACAACUCCAUUGUCCUUCACGGCCCCAACAAUUCCAAGGAGUCAACUCAGCAACAGCACGGUCCUUCCCAGUAAUGGCGAAGCAAAUCACAGUUUGAAUUAUUGCAUGGAAGGAAAAGGGGCGGUUCAUAAUGGAGUUGGGUGUUCUUGCUUUUUGUCUGAUACGGCUCCAAGCUGCCAUUUCAACUCGAAAUGGUUCUAGCUCCAAUACAUGGCGUAUGCGGCAUCUAUUUGUCUAUACAAAAAGAAAAGGGGGACAAAAGAGGAGUAUCGGUUCUGACAUUAAAAAUAUUGUCGCCUCAGGUACCGCUGUACGGGAUUGGAGUGUUCGCAUACUGCAUUUUCUGUUUAUGGAGUGGGCAUUAUCUGUCAAUCCAUUGAGUCAAAGUCGAGAUGUACAUUAUGUGCCAUUCGUGUUAUGGAUGUCUGCAAAUCUGGCUAUACUUUGGACACGAUGUGACCGACUUAUGCUUGUGCUCAUGCAGAAGGUGUGAUAUCAUAUCAACAGGAUCGUACAAAUGGAAUCAUGUAUGGCUU